CCAUCUCAUUCAAGUCCUCACUGUCUUACCCGUUUUCCAUUAACUUUCAGGCGGCUUUGGACGAGCUUCCUGGUCGCUCCCUUUCAGUGAUCAAAGGACUUCCCGCCUCGGUGUUUUAGGGCUGGUCGCUUCUCCCGCUGUGUGAGAAUGUCAUAGCUGCUUGGCACCCGCUGUGGACCAUGACCCCAUAGAGGCAUCUUGCAUCCCUGUUAUGUGAUGGAGGCAUCUUUGGGGAUUCAAAUGGAUGAGCCUGUGACUUUUUCUCCCCUGUGUGAUCAGUUGCAGGCGGAUGGCUCAUUAAAAAAAUAUGAGCAGAAUUUUAAAAAAUCAGGAAUUAGAAAAGACAUUGAGAAGCUUUAUGAAGCUGUCCCACAGCUUGGUCAUGUGUUUAAGAUUAAGGACAAAAUUGGAGAAGGUACUUUUAGCUCUGUUUACUUAGCCACUGCACAGUUACAAGUAGGACGUGAAGAGAAAAUUGCUCUCAAACACUUAAUUCCAACAAGUCAUCCUAUAAGAAUUGCAGCAGAACUCCAGUGUCUAACAGUGGCUGGGGGACAAGACAAUGUCAUGGGAGUUAAAUACUGCUUUAGGAAAAAUGACCAUGUGGUUAUUGCUAUGCCAUAUCUGGAGCAUGAGUCCUUUUUGGAUAUUCUGAAUUCUCUUUCCUUUCAAGAAGUACGGGAAUACAUGUUUAAUUUAUUCAAAGCUUUGAAACGUAUUCAUCAGUUUGGUAUUGUCCACCGUGAUGUUAAGCCCAGCAAUUUUCUAUAUAAUAGACAUCUGAAAAAGUAUGCUUUGGUAGACUUUGGUUUGGCCCAAGGAACCCAUGAUACGAAAAUUGAGCUUCUCAAAUUUGUGCAGUCUGAAGCUCAGCAGGAAAUUUCACAAACUAAAUCUCAUGUAAUCUCGGGAAACAAGAUUUCAUUGAGUGGCCCAGCAACAUCUAAGGAGCUGGAUCAGCAGCCCAUCACAAAAACUUCUGUUAAAAGGCCCUACACAAAUGCACAAAUUCAGAAUAAACAAGGAAAAGAUGGAAAGGAGGGAUCUGUAGGCCUUUCUGUCCAGCGCUCUGUUUUUGGAGAAAGAAAUUUCAAUAUACACAGCUCCAUUUCACAUGAGAGCCCUGCAGUGAAAAUUAUGAAGCAGUCGAAGACGGUAGAUGUACUAUCUAGAAAGUUAGCAACAAAAAAGAAGGCUCUUUCUACAAAAGUCACAAGUAGUGGUGCAGUGAGGAAAACUGCCAAUUCUUGCCCAGCUAGCCUGACCUGUGAUUGUUAUGCAACAGAUAAAGUUUGCAGUAUUUGCCUUUCAAGGAGGCAGCAGGUUGCACCAAGGGCAGGUACACCAGGAUUCAGAGCACCAGAGGUCUUGACAAAGUGCCCCAAUCAAACUACAGCAAUUGACAUGUGGUCUGCAGGUGUCAUAUUCCUUUCUUUACUUAGUGGACGAUAUCCAUUUUAUAAAGCAAGUGAUGAUUUAACUGCUUUGGCUCAGAUUAUGACAAUUCGUGGAUCCACAGAAACUAUCCAGGCUGCUAAAACUUUUGGCAAGUCAAUAUUAUGCAGCAAAGAAGUUCCAGCGCAGGACCUGCGAAAACUCUGUGAGAAGCUCAGGGGUAUAAAUGCAAAUGCUUCCAGAUUAACAGGCGAUAUGCAAAGGUCUACUUGUCAAGACCCAAAUUUUUCAGAGAAGACUGACCAGAAAGUUUCUCACCUCAUACAAACAUCUCAAACUCAGCACUCGGAAAACUCAUUCUGUAAAGAGGAUAGUAAUGGCUGCGGGGGUCAUUAUGAUUCAUGUACUACCAAUUUAGAAGGCUGGGAUGAGGUACCUGAUGAAGCUUAUGACCUGCUUGACAAACUUCUAGAUCUAAAUCCAACUUCAAGAAUUACAGCAGAAGAAGCUUUGUUGCAUCCAUUUUUUAAGGACAUGAACUUGUGAUGAUCAUUCUUUAGUGUUUGCUACUGUGUAUGGGAUGAAAUGGUGGUAAAAUAAAAGUAUUUGGGUAGCCGUAACUCCUUACUCCCAGGACAAAAAUGAGUAAUUUAUUUUGAAAUUUUAGUAUGCACUCUUGUGGCAGAUACUAAAAUAAGAUGCCUUACCCUUUUGUACUAAGAACAUGAUCUUUUGGUCAGAUUUUCCCAGAAGAAACAGACCUUUGGUUUCCCUAAUUCCUUGCCCCUGCCAUUUGCAGACAAAUGAACAAUAUUAGGCCAGUGUACACCAGUGUUGAGUACAAGUCUUAAAAGUAGUGGGUGUGAUAGGGAUUAACUGAGUAAAAAACUCAGUUUAUUGGUUUCUUCGAGCUAUGACGAGCUAUGAGACAUGUAUACUUAGAGAAAAUUCAUCCUGGUAUUGAUCCUCCGUCCAGUCUACUAAUAAAGAAUGUUCUCUCCUAGAGGCAAAUGUUAUAUGCCUUUCAACAUAAAAGAAUUAAUGAAAUGUUGGUAACUAGUAGUGGCAGAUGUCACCUAAAGUUGGAUUUUAUUUUAAAGUAUUUUGUGAAAGCAUUGUGUGAGUGGCCUGAUGCAUUCUUCAGAAUUAUAUAAUGCUUUCCACAGUUUCAUUUGCUUUAUUAAUUGUUAUAAAUGUUUAUAGUUGGGGACUUGGGUAAAGCUUGGUAGUCCAAAAUACUUCUCUCUUUAUCUGAAUGUUUGCACACCAUCUUAGGUAUAAUUAGGUAGCUGCGAAAAGGAAAAGGGAACACAGCCUUGAGAAUUGUGAAUUUUUCUUCCGCCUGGACCAACAAAUCUCUGUUUUGACUAAGUGGGUUCUGCUCUCAGAAGGAUGAUUACUGGAAUCUUGAGUGGGUUGGAAAGUGAAAGAACAACGAAGUAGUCAGAGUAGAAAAGGACUAAAAAUAUAAGUUUGUGUAUUACCAUAUUCCAAAAUGAUGUCUGCCAUUGACAGCAUAUUAAGCUUCCUGUAGGAAAUAAGGGGAUGAAUGGGAAAAGGUAAGUUUUUGAGAAGUUUCCCAUUUAGUUGUCAUAGAAUAUAGAAAUAGUCGAGGGACACAGAUGGCUCAUUUUGUUAUUUUGAGCAGUCAGUACAUCUAUUAUUUGUGAAAUAUUGUAUAUAAUAUAUGUAUAUUUAAACCGUUACAUUUGAUCUGCUAUGUUUUUGCUAUUUUCAAAAAACUGAUAUGUUCUUGAAUUCAUAAGUUUAAUAAAGUUAUCUUUUCAUA